UUGCUUUCUUGGCCUUGGUACUCUCUCUUUGUGUUAUUCUCCACCUUAUUUUUGCUAAAGAACCUAUCAACCUGCUUUUGUAAAAGAAAAAAAAAAUUAACUAUGGUUUUCCCAUCUGUUCCAGUUUAUUUAGAUCCUCCCAAUUGGCAACAGCAGCUUAAUCAUCAACAAGUUGCUGUCAGUGAAAAUCCUCAGCUUCCACCUCUUCCUGCACCUCCUGAUCAUCAUGUUGGUGGAGCUGGUGGUGCCGGUUCCAUUAGGUCUGGUUCGAUGGCCGAUAGAGCCAGGUUAGCCAAAGCUCCACAACCAGAAGCACCACUGAAAUGUCCACGCUGCGCGUCCACCAACACCAAGUUUUGCUACUUCAAUAACUACAGCCUAACACAACCACGCCACUUUUGCAAGACGUGUCGGCGGUAUUGGACUAGAGGAGGAGCUCUUAGGAAUGUCCCUGUGGGUGGAGGAUGCCGAAGAAACAAGAAGAAGAAAAGCAGCAGCAGUGGCACAAAGGCGUAUCUCCGGGGAUGCGUUUUACCUGGGUUUAUGUUGACUGGGAUGCCACGAGUGUAA